UCAAAAAGUAUUGAAUUUUGUCAAAAACGCUCGAUAAAGUAACUUUUUGCAAUAAUUACAUGGCUAAGUUUAGUCUAACCAUGAUUUACGCCGAGAAUUGAUAUUUGUGCAGAGGAAAAACAUGAAAAAGGCUUCAGUUAAACCUUCUGAAGGGAAGCAAGAGGCCGACAAGUCCAAGAGACUCUACCGAGCUGCUCUUGACUGCAUUCGGAAGCUGGAUGAACUUCUCACUCACAAGAAAGCCUAUCGAGAUGUCUUUCUUCCUGAGGCUAUAGGAUAUCGCAAUAGACUUAAAGACUACUGUGAGCGGUUGAUGUUCUACAACCCUAUUGAGUAUGGACGCAGAGCAGAGGAGUUGCUUUGGAGGAAAGUUUUUUACGACAUAAUACAGCUUGCAAAGCAUAACAGGAAACAACUGCACAGUAACAGCGGCUUAGAGUGUGCUGUGAGGACCCACCUGGCGGCAGCAGCUGGCUACUACCACCAUCUUCUGUUACGCCUUCAGUACCAGUAUGAGAUCAGGCUUGAAGACUCCAUUGAUUUGUGCUUUGUGCCAGAACCUAGAUCAUACAAGAAAUCUCAUCAGAUCAAGAAACAUGAACUGCCACCAGAGAUCCUGGAAUGGGCAAAGCGUGCUUGUCAUCGAUGCCUCAUCUACCUUGGUGAUAUUGCUCGCUACCAGCAAGAGUUUGACGGUAUCAAGAGUCGUAUUCUCUCUCGCCGCUACUACUACCAAGCGCUCGCCCUCCUGCCCGAUACGGGCAUGCCGCACAACCAGCUGGGCACCCUGGCUGGAUCGUCCUAUUAUAACUGCACUGCAGCUUACUACUACAUGAGAUGUCUGUUGUGUGAGACAAGCUUUGAAGGAGCUCAGGGCAACAUGAAGCGUCUGUUUGAGAAGAACCGUAAGAGGCAUACAGAAGUAUCACUGAGUUCACCGCGGGACCUCCCACCAGAGCAACAGAGGUACAAAGAUAUCAAACGAUGCAUAGUUGGCUUCAUGUAUCUUCUGGAUGUACUGCACUUCAACACACAAAACUUGGAAAACAAAGAACUGCAAGAAUGCUGUCAGACAACAUUACAGGAUUUCAAUCUGUGCAUGUACUACCAGCCGCCACAGAACACCAUCAAUGGUUACACGGAUGAGCUUUGCAAAGAUGACAAAGGCCCAUAUUUGGAUAAUGACAUUGUUUUCAAGAUGGUCGUCAUGUGUAUCAUGACAGUUCACAACCUGAAUGUGUCGGGUUCCAAGUUUAUAACAGCAGCGAUGGCAUUCAGCCUCGCCCUGUUCUCUCAUGUCCUCAACCACGUCGUCAACAGAGUCCAGACAGCCAUCUAUGAAGCAGAGAACCCCAGAAAGGAGCUAGCAGCAGAGAGUCCUGUUCAUUCGAACUCGUCUGAGUCGGAGUCUCCACGAGGUAACGAACGUCAUGUCGAAUUUGCUGAUGAGGUGAAAGUCAAGUGGCAGGAAAUUGAAAAAGAGGAGAAGUCGGAUAAUCGGGAGGAAAAUGAGAAGUCGGCUAAGAAGAAGAAGUUGAUGCUACAGAGACUUGAGAGAAGAAGACGAAGGCGAAGUGGAGAGAGUGAUGACUUGGAGAUGGAUUCUGACCCUGAUUGCGAUGUUCCUUUCGAUACCAUGUUCAGCGAUUCUGACGAAGAUGAGGCCUUGAACUACUUGGGCGAAUCUGACUCAUCCAACGACAGCGAUGACAACUUAAUGGAGAGCCAAGAACUUCGGCCUGGAUUUGCCGCCAAGGGUGGUCAGGAACAAAACAGUGCAAACCAGAACGAUAUUCUCUCCUCUGAUCUGAAUCCCAUCAACGAGUUUGCAUUCUUCGGUACAUUUGAUGACAACCUUCCAAAAAAUCCAUUCGGAAGUGACAGGGUUUUUGACAUCACGCAAGAAUCCGUUGAGAGCUCUCUGCAGGAAUAUUCCAGCGAGUUUUUCACCAAUUCUGACUGUCUGCCUCAUAUUCGUUUUGGUCAUUUGUCGAGUCAACGGGACCAAGACGACAUGCUCGACUUUGAGUUGUGUCAGGAUGUGGUGCAGGGCAAGAAACAAGUGACUGUACCACCAGGAUUUGAUCAAGACCCAGAAAGUAAAUACGUUGAAGAACUUGCUAUGAAGCUGGCUACAUUCAACAUUGAAACAGACACUGAGGGCAGUCUGCAGCCGACGGAUACAGAGAAUUCGAGCUUGCCAACUGAAAGUGACACACAAGAUGCCGAUGCCAGUAGCGAUGAGAGUCUUGAUAGUGUCAUAGACAGGAAUGAGUCAGAGGGACGCCGUGUGAAUCGACUGGUUGACAUAAUCACACGUGAAGGUCUGCUGCCUACCAUCAAAGUGUUCUGUGAUUGGAUGAUAUGCCAUAACCAUAUCGUGGAGACUUGUGCUCAGAGUUCACAUUCAUUGUGGACCAGAUUAUCUAUGCUAUUGAAUAUGCUGCCAACUGAAGAGCAAAUUGCUACACCUGAUAUAUGCACGUCUGACGAAUGCCUGAGGCUGCUAGAACAGACCUCCAACAUCGACUGGUGCCAGAAACAGCCCCUCUCUGAAGACCUCAGUCUCCAGAAUGUGCCACCACUCCGAGACGUGCACAACUGCCUCCAGUUUGACAGCCGACAUCGGGUACCACUGGAUGAAAGACAUGAGACAUUGAUCAGGAUAUGUUGUCUGCUGAAAUUCGGCAGCAAGAUAGCCGAAGUGAAAAGUGUCCCUCUAACAUUCAACGAUCGAAAACACAAGUUCUUCGGGCCGUUGAAUGUCGAUUCAAACUUCGAUGAAGAGUCAGCUCAAGAAAAACUGGCUGACACUGAAGCAAGGAGAAACCAGUUGAUGCGAGAUAUGGCCCAUCUCAGGCUGCAGGCCGAGGUGAACCAGUUGGAAGGCUCCCUGAAACUGGAAAGUAACCCUAACCUGCCACCCUAUCUUAUCCCAGAUGCUUCUGCUCUUACCGAUGGUCUAGAUUGUAUCAAGCAUAUGGCUAACAGUGCCAGGUUUAUUAUCAUUAUUCCUUUGGCAGUGAUAGAUAACCUUGACUUACUGAAGAAGGACAGCUGUAACGCCCGGGAGGCAAUCCGAUGGCUUGAGAUGGAGUUCAAGAAAGGAAAUAGGUAUGUUCGAGCUCAGAAGAGUAAUGAGAAGUCGUCUGCAUCGCCUCAGAAGAAUCUGAAGAGAAAAGACAGGGAAGCAUGGUACUUCUUGCAGGCCAUCAGCUGUUGUAAAUACUUUGCCCACCAGCAGUCCGAGUACAGCCCUAAGGACAUGGUCAGUUACCUAACUAACCAACCCCUCGAUAACCCUAACUUGACCCCAAGGAUGAGGGGUGCUGUAGCUGCUAUGAAACAAGAUGGCAUAAGUAUCGAAAUGGUGAAGGAUUUCUACAUAAAGUGGAAGGAUACUCUCGAAAAGGACAAAGGUUGAAGAUGUUAGGUAACUCGACGUGGGCUCUUCUCUUGACUGUCUCACCCGUCUCACCCUGACCGGGACCCAAGUAUGGAUGACACUGAGUUCUUUCGGUUCUAACACUUGGAUGGCAUAUGAUAUUCAGUGGUGGAUUCCUUCAACCAGCCAGGGCUUGUCUGGACAUGUUCGAUUUGUCAAAUUUCUAGAAGAACGAAAUAGUCACUGCUCAUGACGUCUGCUUCUUUAUGACAAGGGAUCAAAAUUUGUAGCUUGUGUUCUUAAAUUCUGUCAAAGACAAAUACACAUCUCAAAAAUGAGAAGGGAUAUUCAAUUUUGACUCGGUUUCAUGUAAAAAAAGGUAAUCACUUUGUGUGGAAAUUUAUUUGAUUACUUUGAAGAAAUUGUCAAAUGAGAAGGGAUAUUCAAUUUUGACUCGGUUUCAUAUAAAAAAAGGUAAUCACUUUGUGUUGAAAUUUAUUUGAUUACUUUGAAGAAAUUGUCAAAUGUGACUUAGCGGCUUACAAUAAACUUUUAUAGUAAACCUGGUCUUAUUUCAUAUUUUAUUCAUUUUUGACAUGUCUGAAUUCAAACAUUGUUCUUGGCACUUUGGUCAAAAUAAAACACUUGUGAAUGUGGAAUAAAGAGUACAUGUGCCAUUUUGGGAGCAUGUCAAAAUUAUUUUGAAGCUAAAAAAAUAACGAACACUGUACUGUACUGCACUGUACUGUCUCCAGUUCUUGUUUUGUUGUCUUGAUUAACCAUAAUGUAUAAACUUUUCGUUUUUCGUUUUUAUAAGCUUCAAGGUAAUUUUGACACACUCGAUCCUUAACUUUUGUGUUGUCAUUUCUUCAAUACCUUCAAAGUGUAAAUUGCCAAAUUCUCGUGGAGUUUUAUCACAACUGCAAUUUGCAAAGAUAAAAAUUGUGAAAAGAUAUUUUUUGGUCUGAAAAACCAAAGGAGAUUUUGUAUUUCACAAAAAUGAAAAUUGUGAAAAUUUAGUUUUCACAAAAAUGUUUGCAAAUGACAAAAAUUAGUAGAAGUAGAAAAAUUUGUUACUUUACAGUAUUA